CUCAGUGCAGCGCGAGCAUCCUCCACCAAAGACGCGGAGACAACAGAGCCAUUUUGACCGCCUCGCUCUCCCAAACAGCGGCCACCUUCCUUCUCCCCCCCGGUCAUUCAGAGCAGGCCGGUUCGGGCGGAGCGGCCGGGUGUCCUGGUGUUCUGGUCGGCUACGAGGCAAAAAAAUUCGUCGCUGACAUCCUUCUCCCGUCCCGCUUUCAUGAGGAGGAGAGGCUGGUGAGGGAGCCGGAGGAGAGCGGCGGAAGUGGAGGUAUCCACCGGGGCUGGAUGUAAAGCCCUCAGGCUCCAUAGACGCGGUCUGUUCCCGGGAGCUGUUCGGAGAGACCUACAGGCCCCACACGUGGGUACCGGAGAAGGCCCCCCCCCACCCGACGGUGCUGAGAAGAAAACACCAUGGCAGGGGCCUCUGUGAAGGUGGCGGUGCGGGUCCGCCCCUUCAAUUCAAGAGAGACUGACAAAGAAAGCAAAUGCAUCAUCCAGAUGUCUGGAAACACCACCACCAUCAUCAACCCCAAGCAGGCCAAAGACAACAAGAGCUUCAACUUUGAUUACUCCUACUGGUCGCACACAACGCCCGAGGAUGUCAAUUAUGCCUCCCAGAUGCGUGUGUACAAAGACAUCGGCGAGGAAAUGUUGCUUCAUGCCUUCGAAGGAUACAACGUCUGCAUCUUUGCAUACGGCCAGACGGGCGCUGGCAAAUCCUACACCAUGAUGGGAAAGCAGGAUGUCAAGGACCAGCAAGGAAUCAUUCCUCUGCUUUGUGAAGAUCUUUUCACGAAGAUAAGUGACAAUACAGACAACAGCUUGUCCUACUCUGUGGAGGUCAGCUACAUGGAGAUCUACUGUGAACGUGUGCGGGACUUGCUGAACCCCAAGAACAAAGGGAACCUACGCGUUAGAGAACAUCCUCUGAUGGGUCCCUACGUGGAGGACCUGUCCAAACUGGCUGUCACUUCUUACAAUGACAUCCAGGACCUAAUGGACUCUGGCAACAAGGCCAGGACCGUGGCCGCCACCAACAUGAACGAGACCAGCAGUCGCUCCCACGCCGUUUUUAACAUCAUAUUUACGCAGAAACGCUUCGACGCAGAGACGGACAACACCUCUGAAAAGGUCAGCAAAAUAAGCUUGGUGGAUCUAGCUGGCAGUGAGAGGGCCGAUUCUACUGGAGCCAAAGGAACCAGGCUUAAGGAAGGAGCCAACAUCAACAAGUCUUUAACCACACUGGGGAAAGUCAUCUCAGCUUUGGCAGAAGUGGAUUCUGGACCCAAUAAGAAUAAAAAGAAGAAGAAAGUGGAAAGCUUCAUACCAUACAGAGAUUCAGUUUUAACCUGGCUACUCAGAGAGAACUUGGGGGGAAACUCUCGCACCGCGAUGGUUGCUGCUCUGAGUCCAGCUGACAUCAACUACGAUGAAACCCUCAGCACACUCAGGUAUGCUGACCGUGCCAAACAGAUUCGCUGUAACGCUGUCAUCAACGAGGAUCCAAACAACCGACUGGUGCGUGAGCUGAAAGAGGAAGUGUCUCGUCUGAAAGACCUCCUGUUUGCCCAGGGACUAGGCGACAUCAUUGAGACCUAUCGAGCAACUGGCGCUGACAUAGAGGGUUUGAAAUACAUAUCCGAUUACAAGAACAAUAAUGAUAAUGGCCAAGCUGUGAAUCAAAGGGAUGAUCUUUUCACAGUGACCAAUGCCAUGACGGGGAUGAGCCCAUCUCCAUCCCUUUCAGCCUUGUCCAGCCGUGCCGGCUCUAUCGCCAGUCUACAUGACCGCAUCAUGUUCAGCCCAGGCAGUGAGGAGGCCAUUGAGCGGCUGAAGGAAACAGAGAAAAUAAUUGCUGAACUCAAUGAGACCUGGGAAGAGAAGCUUCGUCGGACAGAAGCCAUUAGAAUGGAAAGAGAGGCCCUGCUGGCAGAAAUGGGCGUGGCAAUACGUGAAGAUGGUGGCACGGUUGGAGUGUUCUCUCCUAAGAAGACGCCUCAUUUGGUGAACCUUAAUGAGGAUCCUUUGAUGUCUGAGUGCUUGCUGUACUACAUUAAAGAAGGAAUCACAAGGGUGGGCCGUUUGGAUGCCAGCAGCCGUCAAGACAUCGUCCUCAGCGGUCAUUUCAUCCAGGACGAGCACUGCGCCUUUACAAGAUCUUCUGGUCCUUCAGGAGAAACAGUUGUCCUAGAGCCCUGCGAUGGAGCGGAGAUGUACGUCAAUGGAAAGAGAGUGACAGAGCCCACAGUUCUGAAGUCAGGAAAUCGCAUCAUCCUGGGGAAAAGCCAUGUGUUCCGGUUCAACCACCCUGAGCAGGCCAGGGCUGAAAGGGAAAGGACCCCCUGCACUGAAACCCCUGCUGAGCCUGUUGACUGGGCAUUCGCUCAGAGAGAGCUGUUGGAGAAACAGGGCAUCGACAUGAAACAGGAAAUGGAACAGAGGCUUCAGGAGUUGGAGGAUCAGUAUCGCAAAGAGAGAGAAGAGGUCAACAAUCUGCUGGAGCAGCAAAGACUGGACUAUGAAAGUAAGCUGGAGGCUCUACAGAAGCAGGUGGAUCGUUGUUACCCAGAAGUCCCUGAAGAAGAGGAGGAACCAGAGGAAACAGUUCAAUGGACAGAGAAGGAAAGAGAGCUGGCCGUGUGGAGCUUCCGGAAAUGGAGGGGCUACCAGUUCACCUCACUGCGGGACCAGUUAUGGGGAAAUGCCAUCUUUCUCAAAGAAGCCAAUGCCAUCAGUGUCGAACUCAAGAAGAAGGUCCAGUUCCAGUUUGUGUUGCUCACAGACACUCUCUACUCCCCACUUCCUCCUGACCUGUUGCCCCCAGAGGCCAGUCAAGACAGAGAAAACAGACAGUUUCCUCGUACGAUUGUGGCUGUGGAAGUACAGGAUCAAAAGAAUGGAGCAACUCACUUCUGGACUUUAGAGAAAUUAAGGCAAAGGCUUGACCUGAUGCGAGAGAUGUACGACCGUGCUGCUGAUGUGCCCAACAAUACCACCGAGGAAGGUGAAAGUGUCAUGACAAGAGGCGACCCUUUUUACGAUCGCUUCCCUUGGUUCCGCCUGGUCGGCAGAAAUCCCAUUUUCAACACAUGCAUGAGCGAGCGCAUGAGUGACCCUACCCCAUCCCCGACCCUUUCCACCUCUGAAAUUACUGAGCUGGCUGACUCGCAGAGGGAGGGUCGAGGGGAGGAGGAGGAGUUGGAGGAGUUGGAGGACCUGGAUGAUGAUAUCUUUUUGGACGACCCGUGCUUGGAGCUCGGGGCAGAGGAUGAUGAUGAUGAUGAUGAUGAGGAGGAUGAUGAUGUUGGAGAGCUCUGCCAAGGCUCCAGCGAAGGCCAGGAUCCCUUUUACGACCGCUCUCCAUUAUUCAGUAUAGUGGGAAGGGCAUUUGUUUAUCUGAGCAACCUGCUAUACCCGGUUCCCCUCGUGCACCGCGUGGCCAUUGUCAAUGAGAAAGGGUGGGUGAAGGGCUUCCUGCGCGUGGCCGUUCAGGCCAUAUCAGGUGCUUUGUGUUUCCCUCCAGCUGACGAGGAAGCUCCCGACUAUGGCUCAGGUGUGAGACAGUCAGGCACUGCCAAAAUCUCAUUUGAGGAUCAGCAGUACGAGAAGUUCCAGUCAGAGUCCUGCUCUGUUGGAGUCGGACUGUCCCGCACAGGGAUUUCUCAGGAGGAGCUUCGCAUUGUGGAGGGACAGGGCCAAAAUGCCGAAAUGUGCCCGUCGGCAGAUGAGGUCAACAACAACACAUGUGCGGCUGGUGGAGACGAGCUGGAGAUCCCAGCCAAGGCCGGUCCUGAUGCCGCUUUAGACGCAACGUUGGAGCACCUGAAGGUCGGAAACAUUUUUACCUUCAGGGUGACUGUCCUGCAGGCCUCCAGCAUUUCUGCAGAAUAUGCAGACAUUUUCUGUCAGUUCAAUUUCAUUCACCGGCAUGACGAGGCCUUCUCUACUGAGCCGCUGAAAAACACCGGCCGGGGCCCUCCUCUUGGCUUCUACCACGUGCAGAACAUUGCUGUCGAAGUCACCAAGUCCUUUGUGGACUACAUCAAGACUCAGCCAAUCGUCUUUGAGGUGUUUGGACAUUACCAGAAACAACCUUUCCUUCCUCUUUGUAAAGAUGUCAUCAGCCCACUGCGCCCAUGCAAAAGGCAGUUUCCACAAGUGAUGCCUCUUUCCAAACCAGUGCCUGCCACCAAGCUGAAGGCCAUGUCCCGUCCUCAGGCCGGCCCCUGCCACUGUAAAUAUGAUCUGAUGGUAUUCUUUGAGAUCUGCGAGCUUGAGGCCAAUGGAGAUUACAUCCCUGCAGUUGUAGACCACAGAGGAGGCUUGCCUUGCCAGGGUACAUUCCUACUGCAUCAGGGCCUCCAGAGGAGAAUUGCCGUCACCAUCGUGCACGAGUCAGCUGGAGACAUAGGGUGGAGCGACGUCCGCGAGCUUGUUGUCGGGCGUUUACGCAGCACCCUCGAAGCUGACGAGACCAUCAUCGACCCAAACAUCCUCUCCCUUAACAUCUUGUCUGCUGGGUAUGUCAAGCCCUUGCAGGAUGACAGACAGUUUCUUGAUUCGGACAUGCCUAGCAUUUCCUUGGGAGUUGACCAUAGGACCUUCUACCGCUUUGAGGCUGCCUGGGAUAGCUCAAUGCACAACUCUCUGCUUCUAAACCGGGUUACGCCGUACGGAGAGAAGAUAUACAUGACCCUCUCGGCCUACUUGGAGAUGGAGAACUGCUCGCAGCCUGCAGUCAUUACCAAAGAUAUCUGUAUGGUGUUUUACUCUCGAGACACAAAGCUCUCGGCCUCUCGUUCAAUCCGCAACCUUUUUGGUACAGGAAGCCUUAGAGCAGCAGAUGGAAACCGAGUAACUGGAGUUUACGAGGCCAGCUUAUGCCACCUUGCAGAUGCUGGAAGUCCAGGAAUGCAGAGGAGACGCAGGCGAGUGCUGGACACCUCUGUGGCCUACGUCCGUGGAGAGGAGAACUUGGCCGGCUGGAGGCCGCGGAGCGACAGCCUCAUUCUGGAGCACCAGUGGGAGCUGGAGAAACUCAGUCUCCUCCAAGAUGUGGAGAAGACCAAACAUUUCCUGCUGCUGAAGGAGAAACUGGAGUCCACCCUGCUUGCGGGCCAGGAGUCCCUUCAGGCCUGCGUCCCUGAAGACCUCAGUGAGUCGACUGAAGCGGCCGAGGCAGAUCAGGAGGUGACCGCCUCUGAGAUAACCACCGAGAGGCAGAGGGAGCUCGCUGCCAAGUGUUUGCGGCUGCUCACUCACUCGUUUAACCGAGAAUACGGCCAUGUGUGUGUCAGCGCCAGUGAAAGCAAGAUCUCUGAGAUGUCUGUCACUUUGCCUGGGGACUCCCCUUCCAUAUCUGCUCUAAACACUAUCGCACCCUCGUCAACAUGUCCCUCCCUGGUUGAGGGUUGCGCUAACAACACCGAGCUAAAACCCCCUGCACCUCGCUCUCGCGCUGUCAGCCCCAGUGCUGAGACACAGCAGGACGCCUCGGACAAAAAGCCCAUGAACGGAGGCUCUGACGUCAAACCUCGGAUUCGAAAAUAUAUGCCUGAAAUACAGGAGAUUAGAGUGAGCCCAAUCGUAUCAAAGAAGGGCUACAUCAAUUUCUUGGAGCCUCUCACCAACGGAUGGGUGAAGCGCUACGUAGUUGUGCGCCGGCCGUAUGUUUACAUCUAUAACUCAGAGCGGGACACGGUGGAGAGGGCGAUUCUGAACCUGUCCUCUGCUCAGGUGGAGUACAGCGAGGACCAGCAGGCAAUGCUGAAGACUCCGAAUACGUUUGCCGUGUGUACAGAACAUCGUGGGAUAUUACUUCAGGCCACUAAUGACAAAGAAAUGCAUGACUGGUUAUAUGCAUUCAACCCUCUUCUUGCUGGAACUAUCAGGUCAAAACUGUCCAGAAGACGAGCGGGACAGAUGAGGAUUUGAGACGAAGAUAAAUGCAGAGACUACAAUGUACAUACAUCCCUGUUCUUAUCGUUCCCAUUGUGCUGAGCCUCGUUUCUACCAUCACCGUCACCUCUCUGCUUUCUGGAGUCAUCGUUAGCGUCUGUUUUCUGUCAGGCCUUAGCCACGUGUGCAUUUUUCAUUGUGAAGAAACAAAAAAAAAGUCUGUCACCGUACUGUACCGGCUUUAACUCAGAACUGGACUACUGGAGAAAACGAAGGGAGCGGCAACGGAUUUCUCACGCCACCUUACGUUUGUAUCGUAAAUGUGCCGUAGUGACACAUCUAAGCGUACACUUUUAUUACUUUAAAAACAAUACAGUGACAUGCAUUUUUAAAUAACGCCGCCGUGCUACUAGCUGAGAUCACGUCGCUACAUUUGCAUCAGUAAAUAGAAAGCCAUGUAGGUUCUUCUCUGCUUUACUGCUAAAUAUAAAGUGUUUCAACUGGUUUAACCUUAACAUUCAGUCAGAGAAUACAAGCUGAAAUAAUAUUAAUAAUGAUAAGAAAAAAAAACAGAGCAGAGGGAUACCUGAUCUGCCUCCAUAUGUUCAGACUUCUUACAACUUUAAGCACACAUAGCCUGGCAACAAACUGGCAUGUCUUCAUGAACUUCAGUGUGUAAAUCCAUUUCAUUUAGGCUGCUUGUAGGAGAACUAAGAGCAUUUACAUGACAAAAUCAGACGUCACCUUAUUCCCCCCCCCCCCCAGCAUAAUCUUUUCCUCUCUCUGAAUCCUAUUUGUUUUUGAAAUGUGAUAUAUUUAGAUUUUUUAACAGCCUAAUUAUUUAUUUCUGCAUGUAUUUAUUUACAAAGACGUUUAUAUUUCUAAAGUAGUACUCAGUGCAAUUUCUGCACACGGCACUUUUUAAUGAGUUCCUGGGAUAUUUGAAUAAUAAGACCUUGUCCCUAUGCUUUGCUUUCAAAAUAAUUGAAUAACAUCAUCACUUUCUUUGCGCUGGAAAAGAAAAACUUGAACAAAACAACCCUCUGAAUGAUUCGGAUGACGGAGCCUUUGACUCAGCUAAUAUUCUUCAAUAUUAAGUUAGUCUUCUCAUCCCUCUGAAACAAAAAAAAGCAAAAGAUGUUCUUCACAGCACGCGAUAUGAAACUGGUUUUCUGAACCACACGCGUAUAUUAAGUGUAGUGCCUCUCGUUUUCUAGCAUCGCGCACGGUACGCCUCUGCACCGAUUUCUUUGAAAUCCCAUCCUUCAUGCUGCUGUAAUCACGUUCAGGAAAUGUCUGCAGAUAAUAUCAUCACUUUUCUAUCCCUUCUUCUUUGUACCAUCAGACAAAAAGCUCAGAUAUCGGGGAGGGUUUCAGUUUAUCUCAGGAUUGUCGGAUCGCAUAGGGCUCGGUUUCUUAAAAUGACUCUGUUGACAUGCAAUGUGUUCGUCUUGUAGCUUUAAUCGCUUCUAAUUCAACUGACUAUAACUCUGAAGCUUAGCCUGUCCUAAAACCACUGUCGGACCCAGCAGGGAGGCGUUUUGUGAAUCUGGUGGAUGAGCAUGCCUCAGGUCAGCCAGCCUACAGAGCAUGCCCGCUGAUUGUACUGAUUCCUCACUGGACUGCCAGGACAACAUCAACAGCAAACACGAGAAAGGGUGCAAACGUGGCACUAGAGACGACAGUGCAUUUUUAGGGGCGUUUAAACAGUUACAGACAUGCUGUUGUUUGUUUGUGUGUUUUCUGUAGAUGUGAAUCUUACAAUACCUGAUAUGUUAAAAGUCUUGUGUGAUGUGGACUUUUAUUUUUUUUUUGAAGUGACCCAUUCAGGGUUUUUUUGAUUGACAGAUCUCCUUGCGUGCACAACUGUUGGUAGUUGUAAUAAAUCCAAGACGUCCCUAUUGUCGUUAAAGACCCGCUUGUCUGCGCAAAGAAGGGUGGAUGGGAGUUAUCGUCUGUCACCUCACCUUCUGAUAAGGGUGAAUGCUCUGCUCUUCUGUAUUUUACUCUAAACUCAUAGUUCUGCGUCGUCGCAUUUCAUCUAAAACCCCCCGACAGUCCGAAAACAUACGUGUCUGUAAUUGUUUCAGGUUAGUCUGGUUUUCAUUGGCCCUUUUCUCAUGUCCAUCACAUUUAAAGAGACCAAAGUUUUGUUGGUGCACUCGCUAAAAGUUCACUCUGAAUGUACAAUGAUAUAUAGAAACGCUUAUUCUGCUUCACGCUUUUUAUGAACCUUCUGCAUUCCAGUGGUAGUUCCUCACUGAUUGUAGGACGGUUAUUACCAGGGAUGGAAACGGCGCUUCUGGGACCCGCCGGUAAUAACCCGUCUGCUUUUGUGUGGGAUGAUCAUGGUUCACUGUGGCCUAGUUAAACUUUACAUCUUGUACAAAGUAAUGCUCCGGGUUGCUUUGCUGUCACUAUUCCUUCUUGUACGGGCAUCUACCCCCCGCCAUCCUGCUGCAGCAGCAGACUGCACACAAACUUCUACCUUCGUUUUUCUAAUCCCUGCCCUGUGAAGUAAUCUCACACUUUUGUGCUUCCACGUCUAUUUUUUGCACCAAUACAUUUCAUUGUUCUUCAAAGAUUUUGCAUUGUAUAUAAACAUGAUUGCUGUGAACAGUGUAUUAUACAGUUGCACUUAACAAACUCCUAAAUGGGCGGUAGUUCAGUCGGUGUCUGAGUGUUUAAGUUUCCUGUCAGAUGUUUGUGUACACUGAACACGCUGUCAUAUAUUAAAUAAACAUGGAAGUGAUGCAACACAAA